AUGGCGUGGAUCGAGUUUGAGAGAGACUGGUCCAACCAAUGGCCUCUGGUUGUUCAGGCCAGACGCCUGGUCAACAACCGUCUGGCGCACGGUGCCGACACCAACGGGCUGCUCUUCGAGCUGCACUGGUUACGGGCCGCCCAGCUCGAGCUCAACAUCCCCUGGAUGUUUUACAACGCCUGUUGCCUGGAGCUGGAGGGCCGGUUUUAG